AUGCCCUUCUCCCUCCGUCAUACCCUUCUCUGCCUGAUGGCUACUUCCGCAACUAUCACCUACGCCGAGCAUCUCAGAGUCGUCUGGUCAUCAGGCACAUUCUCCACCAUUUCUGGACCCUCGGGCAAUGAAAAUGGAGGAUACAGCGGUUUUGCAAUCAUCAACGACGCCGGCGAAGCCAUCUACGAUGAAGACUACCCAGAUGAUCACGUACCGUGCACCUAUGCCGGCCGCACUUUUACCAUCGAAGGCGACUGCUGGGAUACUGGCCGCCAAUUCAGUUGCGUUGCCGACUUUGGUGGCGCCCCUUCUACUUGCGAGGUACUGGACAGCGCGGGAGUCAGCCUGGGAAAAGCCGACGCCCAGAAGGACACGACUUUUAUCGGUAUCGCUAUUGGAACCGAUGCCAGCUGUGUGAUUGAGUUUGAGUCUAACGGUACCGCUUGCCCUGUUGACGAUGGCAAUGGGCCUCUGCAUGUUACUUCGGGCUGA